AUGGCAUCGUCUUCAUCAUCAUCACCCGAGAUCUCUGCCGCCUUGACCGCUGCAGGGUCCUCACAAUCUUCCGUUCAAUAUGCGCAUCUCAGUCGAGAAGAAGUGCUCGAGGAGCUCUCCAGUCGUUUCGUCUUGAACUUGCCCGACGAAGAACUUGCGUCCGUUGAACGAGUGUGCUUCCAGAUGGAACAAGCACAUUGGUACUACGAAGACUUUAUCAGAGAGCAGAAUCCUGCAAAAUUUCCGUCCUACAGUCUCAAGACCUUCUGCGAGAUCCUGUUCCGAACUUGUCCACACUUACAUCACCUUGCAAAUGAUCACGAUCGUGCGUUUGACAAGUUUAUGCAAUACAAGACGCGAGUACCUGUCUGUGGUGCCAUCAUGUUGAACGAGACUUGGGACAAGUGUGUACUCGUCAAAGGCUGGAAAUCGUCCGCAGGGUGGGGUUUCCCGAAGGGCAAGAUUAAUCAGGAAGAACCACGACCUCGUUGUGCCGUCCGUGAGGUCCUGGAGGAGACUGGAUAUGAUCUGGAGGGCCAAAUCGUGCCAGAGAAUGUCAUCGAGCUGUCCAUCAAGGAGCAGUCGAUAUCUCUGUACAUUGUCGCUGGUGUCCCCGAAGACUUCCCGUUCGAAACGAGGACACGCAAGGAAAUCAGUAAAAUCCAAUGGUUUAGGCUGGCGGAUCUCCCGACAUGGAGGCGUAAUAAGCCCGUUCCGGGGAAGUUCUAUCUCAUAUCUCCCUUCAUUGGCCCAUUGAAAGCAUUCAUCCACGAUCGUAAACCACGCAACUUGCCGAGGCGCAAUGGCCAAACAUCACAUGCCCCUCUCAACGCACAUGCCUCCAGCGAGGACGACGCCGCGAACUUGGACAACUAUGCUCCAGUCAACGGUGAUCAUGCGCAAGAAUCAAGUUCUCAGUCAUCGUCUGCUGACAACGGCGAACCGCAAACACCCUCACCUCAGUACAGCGCUCCGCACGUAAAUUAUCAGCCCCCUUCCCACCUAGAGCAUCAUGACGAAGCGGCGGAAAUGAACUUAAACGGAGUAGACCCUCAUUUUGCCCGCUUGCUGAAUUCGUUGUCCUUGUCAGCGUCAGCUUCCGUCACGAAUGCUGCGAUGGAGCCGAUCAACAGCAAACAACCAGUACUGUCACCCCCGAUUCCUCUCAUUCAUCAUCAUCCUGCAGUCGGCAUGUCCCAAAGCUCUGACCUCCGCUCAGACUGGUCCGUCAACGUGCCUCAGCGAACUGCUGAGCCGCCCCUUGCGUCCUCGGCAAAACAUAGCACCCGUGCCCCAGAACAUGGCUCUCGACCACCUGCCACCACGACGACGUCGUUUGCUGGUUCCUUUACGUCCAGCCUCAACGCUCAAUCAUCAGAGAGCAGCCUAGGUCUUCAGCAGCAACGCCCACCUUCGUCGCACGCGAUUACAUCAGACGGGCAGACGAAGUUGUCUCCCCGGCCGUCACGAGCCCGCCGUGCCUCCAAAGCAUCAGCAGACAUUUCUCCGUACCUCUCGCGCCCUCACGACAUCCAGAAGGAGAUGAAGUACAUCUCGUUACUCGAGAACGUCGCGAAAGAGUCGGACAGGCUGUCGUCUCACUUGGCUCGCCAGACCCCCUCCAUCCCGGACUCCCUGUCUACCUACUCCGGCCUGCCUCCGCCUAUGCCACCAGCGCCUGCAAUCGGACGUGCCGACGAACCCCUCAUGUAUUCCUCUGCUGCCGUUGGUGGGCCAGUGUAUCCCGGGUCUAACGCGAUGCCUCCUCUCGACUCGCCCUACGACGACCCCUUCACAGUACGUCCGCGCACCAGCACCGCCUUCCAUCCUCUACCCUACCCGACGUCGCGCAAGGCUAGUCUGACCGAGGACCAGCUACGCUACAUGACUCCAGGACUGGAGUCACGAACGCCGAGGGUGCCCGGCCCUGCAUUCGGCACCUUCCCCCCUCCAGCUGGUCCGACUACAUUCGGUCUCGCGAAUGGAAUGCCGCGACCCGCCACCAUGGCGCCGCUGCGCGUUCUCCCGCCCUCACAGUAUUCGAUGUACGACGGUCCCUCGCAGCUGUCGCCGAUGUCUGGUCCGCCUCUGUCUCCGUCCGCAGCCUACGCUGCCUCUGCGGGCCCUCCCCUCAUGUCCGUGAACACCAUGCGCGCGGCAAAGAACGCUCAUUUGCUAUCUAUUUUGAACACGCCCAGCACCGCGCCCCGCCCGCUCGCCGCACCCGGUCUCAUGCCCGUGAACGUAAACGGCGUUGGGCCAAGAUGA